AUGGUAUUAAGAUCAAGAGGGCUCGGGUUUUGGAUACCCAAACCGAAGACCUUCCUCGGGCUCAUGUCCCUGCAGACCGGCACCGAGAUGAUUGCGCUCAUCACCCUCAUCAACAAGGUCCCCGGCGUCUACGGCUUCCUCACCAUCCUGACCGGCUACUCCGUCAGCGCGGUGCAGGUGUCCAUGUAUCUAUACUCGGUCUGCGCGCUCGUGACGCUCGCCCUGCUGGUGCCGCACAUCCGCCGGCGCAGCGCCUUCCAGAGCCUGGCGCUCGCGUGGUUCUACAUCCUCGACACGCUCGUCAACACGGCGUACACGAGCACCUUCGCGACCUUCUGGUACCUGGCGAGCCUGAGCAGCAGCGGGCCCGUGUACACGCCGACGGGGCCGGCGGGGCAGAACAGCGUGAGCGACAGCGCGGCGGGCAGCACGGGCGACGCGGCGGCGCAGGCGCAGGACACGGCGGGCAGCAUGGUGCUGAUCGUGGCGCUGAGCGUGACGCGCCUGUACUUCAUCCUGGUGGUCGCGGCGUUCGCGCGCCAGGCGCUGCUGCGGCACGUCGAGGUCGGCGGGGGCUCGCUGGACGACGACGACGGCCGGCCGCAGCUGUUCGUCGAGGGCACGCCGGAGGGCGAGGGCUGGCGGGGGAAGCUGGGCCGGACGAUGAUCUCGUUUGGGCGGGACUACUGGGUCGGCAGCAACCGGGACGAGGAGUGGACGGAGGACGUCACGUCGAAGCUCAGGAGUAGGGGGCACGGGGCAGGCUUGGACGACCAUUGA